UUGUUUUUUUUUUUCAGGGGGAACAAAUACUUACAAAAAUCCAGUGUCAGCAGAGUGUGUGCAGUUGGUGGAUUUUUCAUUUCGAUUCCCAUUUUCUUAACAGGGAUUAUUCUGUACACCUUCACGCAAUUCCAUUCGACACCGGCCAUAGUGACCAGCAUAUUGAUCGGCGUGGGCAUUGUGUUUUGCGGGGGUGCCAUGGUGCACAACGUGUUCGUAUGGCAACGGGAGAAAACCAUCAGUGUUCGACAGUCCCCGUUGAACUUGAACCUGACACUUUCACCGCAGAUUAGCACGAUAUCCCACCCGGCGCAUUAUCUCAAUCAAAACGGGCACGCGACCCACAUGGCACUGAACCAUAGUCAUGCGAACCACAAUCACACCCCGGUUGCCCAGCAGCUGACCCCAGUGACACCCCUCUCGGGGAACCAUUCCCAUAUCAGUUUCAACCACUCGGCGUACCUGCCAUCGUACGGUGGGAUGCGGGCGGCAACGGCAACGCCGCCGACCCCCAAGGUCAACGCACUGCUGGGUCGAGACGCGACCGGAUCCGUUAGUCCGGGAAUGCCGACCAACAUGAAUGCGGCCACACUCGACCUGAGUAAUGUUACUGCCACGAACUCGCCGCACGAGCUGUCGACGCUCGUGUGAGACUGAUGUCGAAGUUUGUGAUUUUUUUUUGGUAAUUUUAUGAACUGCAGAAUUACAAUGGAAAUGAUAUAUUAGGAAUACUAAAAGGCAACUGCUCUGACAGAUAGCUAGAGUCCGAAUAGGAUAGCUCGCGAUGAUGUUUUCGGGGAGUUUUUCUGAUGAAAAAAAUAUGUAUUUUUCAUUUUUUUUUAGUAUAACAUCAAAUUUACGAUAACACUAUGUCAACUUUUUGCAGACAUAAUGCACGGGCUGCUUGCAGCUGCAGCUCUCCAACGUCUGUCUCACACAAUGCUCGCCAGAUUAUGCACCACUUGGUUCGCCCUUCGUGUUUUCUGUCCAUCACGCCUUCUUGUGCCAACCAAUAAUUAGCGAAUACAAACUUUGCAAGGUUAUUUUCCGGCAUUCUUGUGACAUGCCCUGACCAUUGUAUUCGUUCAGCUUUCAGGAUGUUGGGCUCAUUGUAAAAGUGCAUCGAGCUCAUGAUUCACCAUUCUGACCGUUCUCCUACAUGCCGCCGAAAAUCUUCUUACCCUUUGAAGCCGGAAUCUUUCCAAGCGUUCUUCUGAAGUUUUUUCUACGUUUUUCUGUAGUAUAAAAACGGUAGAAAAACGGUGGAAUAUUAUGCAGAAUAUUUUUCUGGACAUCCUUGGUCAUCCAAACUAUUCUUGAGUUUACAUCCUUAAGUAUAUGGCUAAAACGGUAUCUUCUUUCAUUAUACAAAGCUACGAUUUGUAAUCUGUCAUGUUCAGCAAGUUUUCUGAAAGGUAAAUAGACAAUAUCAGAUCAGUCGGGAUAUCCUAGGUCAUUCAAACUGUUCUUGAGUUGAGAUCCUAAAGUCUACGAGUGUAACGAUAACUUCUUUCAUUAUACAUAGCUACAAUUAAUCUAUCAUGUCCAGUAAGUCUUCUGAAAAUUCAAUAGACAGUAUCAGAUCAUUCGGGAUAUCCUAGGUCAUCCAAACUAUUCUUGAGUUUAGAUCCUACAGUCUAUGGGUGUAACGGUAACUUCUUUCACUAUACAAAGCUGCGAUUUGAAAUCUACCAUGUCCAGCAAGUCUUCUGAAAGGUAAAUAGACAAUAUCAGAUCAGUCCGGAUAUCCUAGGUCAUCCAAACUGUUCUUUAGUUUAGUUCCUAAAGUCUACGAGUGUAACGAUAACUUCUUUCAUUAUACAUAGCUACAAUUAAUCUAUCAUGUCCAGUAAGUCUUCUGAAAGUUCAAUAGACAGUAUCCGAUCAGUCGGGAUAUUCUAGAUCAUCCAAACUGUUCUUGAGUUCAGAUCCUACAGUCUAUUGGUGUAACGGUAACUGCCUUCAUUAUACAAAGCUGCGAUUUGUAAUCUAUCAUGUCCAGUAUGUCUUCUGGAAGGUAAAUAGACAGGUCAUCCAAACUGUUCUUGAGUUUAGAUCCUAAAGUUUACGAGUGUAACGGUAACUUCUUCCAUAAAAAGCUACGACUUGUAAUCUAUCAUGGCCAGCAAGUCUUCUGAAAGUUACAGUGGUUGUUUUUAUCAACUAAGUUUCAUAACAGUAAGAAGCCCAUAAUAUCCCAAAAAUGUAUAACAACGCAUAUUGUUCCUCUAACUGCUUUGGUAAGUUCAGUUGAUUAUGUAACACCUUAACUUAGUUGCAAAAGCUAUCACAAGUGUAGACCUGACGCUAUGGUCUCCGGAGUAGCGAUGUUGAUCUGGAAUAUCUCAAAACUAUUAUUAUAGAUUACAGUCUAAAGUUCAUUGUGAGACUAACUACUGUUACUAUCAAGAGCUAAACUUCAGGAUAGUUUUGACGACCCUCAAUGUCCCAAAGGUUCAUAAAAAUAUAUAGUAGACUUUAAGUUGGUCCAGUCACCACUUUUGAUUAUGAAACGUUACUCAGUAUGUCAGAUUUAGCUGAUGCUAAGAGUGUAGACCUGAAGUUUGUUACAGUUGAUUUUUUGAGCUUCUUUCCCACAGUUAAAAGAUUCAUAAAAUGGUACACUUUUAAGCAUUUAUUCUAGGUUUUGAUCCUAACUGUCCCUGUCUGUGCUGUCCUUAGCUAUGUUCACAUGAACAACAGUCGUUUUCGGCCUUCUGGCCAUUCGCUCACUUCGAUCCCGCAGAAUCGUUCGAAGAUACUCACGGAAUCUCCCGUCCGGCCAGUAGCCUCACCACGUCUGGGAGCUGGCCUCGCUCGGCACGAUUGAGAACUGUCGAUGUGAUAGCGGUCGCGCCACCGUUGCCUCGCCGGCUUCAUGCCGACGGUCGGGAUGUUGAGGUUAUCUCCUACACUGCUGUCGUCGCACUUUUUCUGUCUUCGCGUUCUACCACGGCCAUCGGAUAAUUCGGAGGACCCCACGACGUUCAAGCCAAGCGGAGCUGUGAAUGUGAAGACGUACCGGCAAAACAGGACGUCCUGGAAGAUUGGUGUCCUGCCUUCGGACCGAUCAUGAUGCGACCGCGAAGCCAUCUCCUUUCAAUCGGACAUCACCCAACGGCGUCGGUGCAAUCACGGCUUUAGCAGCCACAACUCCUGUCCACACGAUAUUUGAAUUGCUGCUGUCUCGUGGCUUCUUCCGUGGCCACGAUCUUGACACCCGGAAAUCUUACUCGACGUCGGCGCGGAACUCAAACGUUUUCCGAAGAGCUAUCUCGAGUUUACGGUAACUUUUCUCCUCCAACAAUGGCGUCCGACCCGUUUGCCGGCUCAAGAGAGAAGAAGCCAAGCUCCUCGUCCGCUUUCGUCCCGAGUCACCUUUUUUUUCCUAACUUUGACGUUUCUCUUUUCGCACCGUUUUGCCGCCAAGCGAGGCUUCGCUGUCUGUGGCGUGAUGUACUGACAGCAUCCAGCGUUGCAUAGAUGGAACAGUGGUCGAAGUGUGAGACUUUUCGCGUAUAAAUAUGUUUGGCGAUGAACAAACUUGACAAUAUUAUAACAAACUUUUUAUUGGAUAAAACUGAACGCUACAAGUUCUGAACUUAUGGAUAGUUUGGCUGACCUGGAAUAUUCCUGUAGUGUCUCUAAAUGACUUGAGAUUUCAAUAGCUUCACGGAUCUCGGCAGCUACUAUGCUAUUAUUUAUGGCGAAAACACAAAGUUUUUCUUGUAGAUUUGAAGGGCUUCAUUAUAGAACAAUUUAGACGACCGCGAAUGUCCCACAGGUUUAAUAUAUAAAAAUAGACUUCAGAUUGUUCCAGUAACUGCGGUUGAUUAUGCAGCGUUACUCAGUAUAACAAAUAUGGAUACAGUUACGAGUGUAGACCUGAAGGAAGUUUGGCUGACCUGGAAUAUUCCUGUAGUGUCUCUAAAUGACAUUUGAGAUUUCAAGAGCCUCAUGAAUCUCAGCAGAUUAUGCUAUGCUAUUAUUUAUGGUGAAAACACAUAACAUUUUUCUUGUAGAUUUGAAGGACUUCAUUAUUGAACAAUUUGGACGACCGUGAAUGUCCCAAAGGAUUGUAAUAAAAAAGUAGACUCCAGAUUGCUCCAGUAACUGCGGUUGAUUAUGCAGCGUUACUCAGAACAAAAGAUAUGGAUACUGAUACGAGUGUAGACCUGAAGUCCUGAACUCCAAGGUAGUUUGGCUGGCCUGGAAUAUCCCUGUAGUGUCUCUGAAUGGCAUUUGAGAUUUCAAGAGCUUCGCGGACCCCAGCAGGUUAUACAAUACUAUUAUAUAUGGUGAAAACACAUAAAAUUAUUCUUGUAGAUUUGAAGGACUUUAUUAUAGAACAGUUUGGACGACCCUAGACGUCCCAAAGGUUUAUAAUAAGCUCGUAGACUUCAGAUUGCUUCAGUAACUGCGGUUGAUUAUGUAGCGUUUCUCAGUAUAACAGAUAUGGAUACUGUUACGAGUGUAGACCUGAAGUCCUGAACUCCAAGGUAGUUUGGCUGACCUGGAAUAUCCCUAUAGCGUCUAUGAAUGGCCUUGUAAAUGUCAAGAGCUUCACGGAUUCCAGUUGCUUAUGGAGUGCUAUUAAUUGUGGCGGAAAUACAUAAAAAUAUUCUUGUAGAUUUGAAGGACUUCACUACAGGACAGUUUGGAACACCUAGAACAUCCCAGAAUAUAAAACACCUUUUGAUAUUCAUGACAAAGGCUAAAUGGAUACAUAUAAACGAAAUUCACAUCCAAGUUCAGCUUUUAGAACAACUGGUUUGUCAAUUAUUUCGUUUUUCCAAAUUUCAUGGUGUUUAGGAUGUUCUAGGUUAUCAAUGAAGCCCCAAAUACAAAUAUCCCAAUUUUGUAAUUUGUAAUUGUAAUUGUAAUUUUUAUUGUUAACGUAACGUGAACCGGUUAGCAUAGCCAUUCUUAGGGUCAAGGAAUUUUUACAACAAAAUGAAAAAAAAAAAACUUAGGACUUUCCCUAAUAGAGGACUCAACUUGCAACAACUUUGCCGAAGGCAGUAUUCUGAUCUAUCGAAUGGGUGAAUUUAUACAGCCGUUUCUAUGUUGGGGUCAUAUAUGACCCCUCCGGCUCCAAAGGGUUAACAUACGUCGCUUGCUCACUCCAAUACAGUACACUGUUCAUCUUUGCUAUUAUGUAUCCCAAACAAAGGCGGAUAACUAAGUGAUAUCACUUUGAUAAUAAACUAUGUUAUCGGUAUUAUCAUUAUGUUAUUUUUGUUAUCAUCUUUUCCAAUUAAUGAUAAUAUGUUAUCAGUUUCCAAACACACAUUUCAAAGCUUUCCCGAAAUUGAGGCUUGGUGAACCUCGAAUCUAAAAAUAGAUUCCGCUUACCAUCUUCAUUGCGACUGCAGUACAAAAGCGUAGCCUUCAACCACUCUCCCUCUCACUGAGACCCGUUGGUAUAGGGGUUAUCGGCUUCGCCCGAUAAUCACUCGGUCAGGGUUCGAGACCCACUGGGCGCAAUAGUUGAAAUAUGAGUUAUAAUUAUAAGAAACUGCUAACUAUGUCGGAUUUUUACUAUUUUGGUCGAUAAAAUAGCUCUGAAUGAGAAACAAGUGAUAACUAAACCUGUUAUCAAUCAGCUGUAUCUUUUCAUGUUGAUAACUAAGUGUAAUAUUUAAUAAAAUAUUCUAUAACACAAUUAGUUAUCAAUUUGAACUCAACGAUAACAUAACUUUUUAUCAUUUUGGUAUUCGUGGAGUAAAUUUGAGUUUUCAUUUUUGUUAUGUUGGUUCUUAAUUCAACCUAAAUGAUAACAAACUCAAUUAUCAUACACAGCAAAAAAAUAUGAAAGUUAAACAACACGUAAAUUGAAGAUCAACUGAAAUUUGCGACAGAAAAAUGUAAAUCGCCAACAUUCAACGUCAGCCGAGCAGUCCGCUGCUGGUCAGACGGCUUGUUUACAGAUUUUAAAGCAUAUUCGCUUUUAAUUUACAUGCAUCUGCUAUAAAUCAUGCCAGCCACUCUCCGUCGUCAGCCAAAGAACGGCUGCUCGCAGCUGUGGCGGUUUCCCCGUUGUCUCUCUCAGUACUCUUUGCAGCAGUCGGAGCAUGUCGGGAAUGCGUGCAUUGUGGUAGAAGCAGUUUACCUUUGACUGUCUGCUUUUCAACAAGCUAAGAUAGCCGGGUGAGCUCGGGCGUGCUACUCACACUCCAAGGAUCUGAGUUCAAUUCUCGGUCGGAUCUCAAUUUUUCUUUAUAUUUUCUAACAAAUAUCUGCAAUGUAAUUUUAAGUUCGCACAUAAAUUUCCAUCAUAUAUGACGGGGUCCUUUUGUUACAUUCGAUCCGUCAUAAUUUUACAGGUUUUUUUCGAACUGUGUACGAAUGAUAACCAGGUAACAGAGUUUGUUAUCAUUUUGUUAUCCGCCUUUGCUCGGGAUGUCUGUUAUGCUAUCAAGUGUGAUAUGCUUUCCGGGAAAGCUGUUCUCGUUCACGAUUUUCCAUAGCUCUGUGUGGUAGAUAGAUCAGGUCAAACAUUUCUAAAGGUCCUAUCUGCAGAAGAGAGGCUCUCUUUGGUUUCCCUCUCUUUCGUUAAUAUCUCAGCUGUUUAUUUGUAUUAUGAUUGUCUCCUUGCAUUGAACGAUGGUCAAAACAAUCGUCUUUUGAUUUGUACUGCAAAAGUAGUUGAAAAGUGUACCAUUACAUUGCAAUAAUUGAAAGAGAAAGUGAACAAAGAGAGCCUCUCAAAUGCAGAUAGGACCUAUUGAAAUGUUUGGCCUGAAUUGAUAUAAUUACGGUGGGAUGCAGGCGGCAUUAUUAAAGUCGGAGAUCUUGUACCGACUUUUCGAAUCCUCUAACCAGAGUACCCUCUUCGAAUGAGUGUAAUCCGCCCUCUUUUGCUUAUCCUUUGACAUAUACGCGUAUUUCGACUACCACUUGUAAUAUUCCUCAGUGUCAGUUAUCAAAAAUUAAAAAAAUGGCGGAGAGUUUAGGGUACAGCUUAACCUUCACCUCACCAUGUUGUGGUCAGAGUUGCCGUUAGGUCUGAUUAUGUCGGAAGAGUGCCUUUCAUUAAUUAGAACGUGGUCGAUUUGCGAUCCCCCCCAGAAUUAGUUAAAAAUUGACUAGUUGAAAUUAGUUAACAAUUGAGUUAUAGCAAAAACCAGACCCGUGCAAACAAAACAAUCGAGUGUAGUGGGUCAUUUGCGUUCGAGAGCUGGUGGGUGAUCCUUAUCCAAUCAAAGAACUCCAAUCGGUUAAUUCCACGUAUAUGACAUCCCUAUUCCCACCCAAUAGGAUUGUUUGCAGCCAACAUCAAUUGGGUUCCCCGAUUGACAAUGCAUUUGAGUUCCCUAAAUAUUGGUAUACCAUCCAAAUGGUCAAGCACCACUCAAAAUAAUAAAUCGGUUUUCAACGUGUGGAAUUUGUUGAAAUUGAUCCCGGAAAAUACAGGAAACUUCAUCGCGUAGGCUCUGGGACCAUUUGGGCAGGAGUACCUAUUUUGGGCACUUGCUGCUGUAACUCAGUCAACUUUCAACCGAUUGACUUGAUUUUUGCGACACGAUCAGCUAGCCAUGUACAAAAAUUCAAUUCAAUCGGUUUGAAAUUGACCGAGUUGUAGCAGCAAGUGCCCAAAAUAGGUGCUCCUGCCCAAAUGGUCCCAGACCCUACUUCUUGUUUAUAGAAAUAUGUUCAUCUAUCCAAGAAGUGCUUAAAAUCAUGUUGCCCUACAAACUCUAGUUAGAAAUGUCGUAAAUGUGUCAGUUUGGAAUGUAUUGAAAAAAACGUUUUGCAAACAGAUCAGUUCCUUAAAAUGUUCAGAUUUUAAAACCAACGAAGAAAAACGCAUUUUAUUGACCUUAACAUAAGGACGUACCUAUGAAUCGAAAUAGAACCAUAUUUGACACACAGCAAUCAAUGUAUUUGUUAAACUCAGCGGUAGAAAAAAAAAAAUACCGAUAAACGUAAUGUACAAAGUACCCUCGUAAGACGCCGUUAGUGAUAUCCCCGUAAGUGUGUACAGUCUCGAUGUGUAAAGACAUUUUAAAAUAGCUAUUUAUUUAUCAUUGCAAGAAUGUUCCGCGAGUAGUCCCGCCCUCUCCAGGAUAGGUUUUCGAUUUUAGGCGAUGAGCGUUCACGACAGUGUUUUAGCUACUUACGAUUUGGGACCAAUCUGUCGGCCAAAUGUGUAUCGAAAUUUCAAAUAAAUGAAAUAAACGUUACUUUUUAAUA